UUGGAGCACGCAGUUGAUGUAAACAGACGCAGGCGUUUCACCUUUCGAGCACGAAGGCUGGGUUGUUGUUUUGAAAAUUGUACUGGAGAACCGAGGGGAUUUUUAUGAUGAUCAUCAUGCUCCCAGGUCCAUCUUUGCUCGCUCGCCGCGAGACGCUAGUGGACAUGUUACGCUUCUGACUGAAAAAAAAGAGGUUGAAUAAGACGCGAAAGGAGAUUUAUUGGGAGGGAAAAAAAGAAAAAAAAAAAAAAGAAACAACCCUUUACAACAUCAUAUCCAGACGGGAAACUUUCUAAAUCUUUCUGGAAGAGGAUGCUGGCCGGGUUUGUGGACCGCGAGCCGGGUGGAUGCGUGUCCGGAGGGGAGCGAGCGCGGGGCUAGAAGGAGCCGCUCUCGGAGAAAAUGAGUUUCGGGGUGAGCUGCUGAAUCAGAGGUGGACCUGCGGAGAGAAGAUCAGCAGCUGUGAGGGAGCCACCAGCCUGCACGGAACACACAUCAAGAUGAGUUUAGAAAAUGACGAUAAGAGAGCACGCACGCGAUCGAAGUCUAUCAGAGUGCCCACGGAGCUCAUCGGCCAGGAGGUGAGCUGUCCAACCCCAGGCUGUAACGGCUCAGGACACAUCCGUGGAAAGUAUGCAAGGCACAGAAGUUUACAAAGCUGCCCUCUAGCAAAGAAGAGGAAACUUCAGGAUGCGGAGGCCGAACAUCUGGUGUCGAAGAGAAAAUCCCAUCCACUCAAGCUGGCCUUGGACGAAGGCUACAAUGUCGACAGUGAUGGCAGCGAGGAGGCUGAGGUGAAGGAGGAGUCUGGCUCUGAUGAGUCAGAGGGGACGCUAGAGGAGGACGAAGCGGAGGCGGUGGAGCAGGAGGAGAUCCGCAGCCCUGAGCCGGCAGAAGAGAGAAGCCCAACAAAAUCGACCCAUUAUGGACAAACCACAGCAACAAGUACGUCUGGGCCCAGCAAGGCCAACUACAGCAGCUAUCAAGAAAUAAUCGCCAACUCUCUCCUAAACCUAGGCCAAAUAGCAGAGGAAACCCUUGCCAUCGAAGGGCAGCUGCCUGAAGCUGAGUUGCAGGUCUCCAAGCCACCACCCAAUGUUGUGCACCUGGUCCACGAGGAUGCAGGAGAGGAGUUAGUGGAGGAAGAGUGUGACAAGGAGAUCAUCAUCCAGACGGAGGAUGCAGAGGAGGUCAUCGAGGUCACCAGCGAACGCAGCAGUGAAUUGUGUCCGGAGCACCGGGAUGAUGCAAACUGCGAGGAGUCCUGCAAAUUGCAGAAGGCUGAAGCAGAAGAAGAGGAUGAUGAGGAUGACGAGGAAGAUGAAGAGGAGGAGGAAGAGGAGGAGGAGGAAGAAGAAGAGGAGGAAGAAGAGGAAGAAGAGGAGGAGGAUGAAGAGGAGGAGGAGAUGGCUCCUGAAGUGAUCUGCGAAGAAGCUCCUUGCACUUCUCAGGACACCCAGAAAAGCCACUGUGAAGGGCAGUUCAGCCCAAAGCCUGAGUACUCAGUCAUCGUGGAGGUCCGGUCAGAUGAUGACAAAGAUGAUGAUGCCCGCUCCCAGAAAUCGGCAGUGACUGAUGAGUCAGAGAUGUAUGACAUGAUGACGAGGGGGAACCUGGGCCUGCUGGAACAAGCCAUAGCGCUGAAAGCUGAGCAGGUCAAAAUUGUGCGGGAACCCAGCAGGCUGCCAGGAGAGCACGUAAAGCACUUCCAGGUGGAUGAGAAACAGAGCAAACCACUGGACAGCAUCCGAAAGAGCUACUAUGGCAAAGAUCCCUCAAGACCCGAAAAGCGAGAAAUCAAAUGUCCAACUCCUGGCUGUGAUGGGACUGGCCAUGUCACAGGACUCUACCCUCACCAUCGCAGCCUCUCUGGUUGUCCGCACAAGGACAGGAUCCCUCCGGAGAUCUUGGCGAUGCACGAGAACGUGUUAAAAUGCCCCACGCCAGGCUGCACAGGACAGGGUCACGUCAACAGCAACCGCAACACGCACAGGAGUUUAUCUGGGUGCCCUAUUGCUGCUGCUGAAAAAUUAGCCAAAUCGCAUGAAAAGCAACAAACCCAGUCUGGUGAUCCUUCAAAGACCAGCUCCAAUUCUGACCGGAUACUCAGGCCUAUGUGCUUUGUGAAGCAACUGGAGAUCCCUCAGUAUGGAAGCUACCGGCCCAACAUGGUCCCAGCAACCCCCCGGGCCAACCUGGCCAAGGAGCUGGAGAAGUACUCCAAGGUCACCUUCGAUUAUGCAAGUUUUGAUGCUCAGGUUUUUGGCAAACGCAUGCUUGCCCCAAAGAUUCAGACUAGCGAAACCUCACCUAAAGCCUUUAAAUCCAAACCUUUUCCAAAGGCCUCUUCCCCCAGCCACAGCCCCUCCAGCAGUUACGUGAAGAGCACUUCAUCUUCCUCCACAGGCUUCGACUACUCCCACGAUGCCGAGGCUGCGCACAUGGCUGCCACUGCCAUCCUCAACCUCUCCACCCGCUGCUGGGAAAUGCCGGAGAAUCUCAGCACGAAGCAGCAAGAGACCCCCAGCAAGUCCAUGGACAUUGAGGUGGAUGAGAAUGGGACUCUGGACUUGAGUAUGAACAAGCACCGCAAACGGGAGAGCACGCUCCCCAGCAGCAGCAGCUGCAGCAGUAGUCCCAGCAUGAAGUCCCCAGAUGUGUCCCAGCGCCAAAACAGCACCAGUGCCACAAGCAGCACCAUGACCUCCCCCCAGUCCAGCCAGACCUCCCGACAGGAUGAAUGGGAUGGGCCUAUUGACUACACUAAACCAAACCGGCAACGGGAGGAGGAGCCAGAAGAGUCAGAGCCCGCUGCCCACUCUUUUGCCUCCUCAGAAGCUGAUGAGCAAGAAGUGUCGGAAGAAAACUUUGAAGAGCGAAAAUACCCAGGGGAAGUUACUUUAACCAACUUCAAGCUUAAAUUCCUCUCUAAGGACAUCAAGAAAGAGCUGCUCACUUGCCCAACCCCAGGCUGUGACGGCAGUGGACACAUAACGGGAAACUAUGCCUCUCACCGCAGCCUUUCUGGUUGUCCUCUUGCUGACAAGAGCCUCAGAAACCUCAUGGCUGCCCACUCUGCUGACCUCAAGUGCCCUACUCCUGGUUGUGAUGGCUCUGGUCACAUAACAGGAAAUUAUGCAUCGCAUAGAAGCUUGUCAGGCUGCCCUCGUGCCAAGAAAAGUGGGAUCAAGAUCACCCCGACAAAGGAUGAUAAAGAAGACCCAGAGCUGAUGAAGUGUCCAGUUCCUGGCUGCGUUGGGCUUGGACACAUCAGUGGCAAAUACGCUUCUCACCGGAGCGCAUCAGGGUGCCCUCUUGCAGCCCGCAGGCAGAAGGAAGGAUCGCUCAACGGCUCCUCAUUUUCCUGGAAGUCGUUAAAGAAUGAAGGACCAACCUGCCCUACCCCAGGCUGUGAUGGCUCUGGCCACGCCAAUGGGAGCUUCCUCACUCACAGAAGUUUGUCAGGGUGUCCAAGAGCUCCUUUUGCGGGGAAGAAAGGAAAACUCUCAGGGGAUGAAAUUCUCAACACAAAGUUCAAGACCAGCGAUGUUCUGGAGAAUGAUGAAGAGAUCAAACAGCUGAACAAGGAGAUCAGUGACCUGAACGAAUCCAACUCGGAGAUGGAAGCAGCCAUGGUGAAACUGCAGUCGCAGAUCUCCACCAUGGAGAAGAACCUGAAGAACAUUGAGGAGGAAAAUAAAAUCAUAGAGGAGCAAAACGAAGCCCUGUUCCUGGAGCUCUCAGGGUUGAGCCAGGCUCUAAUCCAAAGUCUUGCCAAUAUCCGCCUUCCGCACAUGGAGCCAAUCAGUGAGCAGAACUUCGACGCAUAUGUGAACACGCUGACCGAUAUGUACACCAACCAGGAGUGCUACCAGAACCCGGAGAACAAGGACCUGCUGGAGAGCAUCAAGCAAGCUGUCAAGGGCAUCCAGGUUUAGUGCCGUGGGAUGGAGACGAGCAAGCAAACAGACUGUAAGAUGGACCUUUCCCUCCAAGUAUUCAGGUUUACAAGUUAGAAAACUUGUGUAAUUAAUUAAAAAAAAAAAAAAAACAAACAGAAAAAAAAAGGACCAAAAUGUAACCAAGAGGCCAUUUCUGAGACGUGGAACCGAUUGAACUCAAUGUUCUCGUUUACUUAACUUUGGACCUUCUUGAGGAAAGUGGGAUUUUUCUACCUGGACCACGAGGUAGAUGAGGAUGGAAGGUUAAAUUCUCCAGUAGGCUGUGGGGCUUGGUAGCUGGUGAAGAGCAGGCAUCUGUCCUGAGUUGCUGUGCUCUUGCAGAAUUGAUCCAAGGGUUAAAACUUUAUAAGAACAGGGUCUUGUCUGAUCCAAGACUAGCGUAUGACUGGCUUAAACCCUCAUGUUGUCUAUGGUCGUAUGUCCAGAUCACCUACUCACACAUGAAUUAUGUUCUGUGUUGCUACAAGUGCUGGAGCUGCAAGCUACCUGUAAAUCUGAACCUGUGCUGGGCCUCCCAACCCCGAGGUGUUCAGAUAUCCACUGGGCAUGGGAACUCUGAAGUAUUAUAAAGUAGCUUAUUUUUAUUUUCUGAAAGAAAUCCGAAGAGCAGUUCUGGAUCUCCAGUGGAAAGCGCAAUGGAAAAAAGGUUCUCAGGGAAGCUUUUGGAGUUUGCAACUACAGUAUUCCUUUGUCUGUCUUAAAGAUGAGAAUAGCUAUUAUGAAUAGGCCAAUACCAGAUAUUUCAUACAGAAGAAGUCUUUCAUGUGUCAUGGUCCGGUGUAUAUGAUUUUUUGGAAGUCUGUUUGAUGACAGUUCUGGUUCUUUUCAUUAUUGUGAUCAUCCUUACAGUGGCGCAGUCCUGCCAGUCCAGAGAUCAUACAUCAAUGCCAGAGAAUGUUCAAGAUUGCGAUGCACACAAAUAAUAAGAAACAAAAAAAAAUCCAACAACAAAAAGCAAGGUGUAAAUUGAUGGCCAGCAAAGUGCUUACCUACCGUGAAUGAGUAGUUGAUUUCUUACAGCUAUCCACAGGGCAAUGGGUAUUUUUUUGGCUUGGUUGGUUGUUCUGUGUAAAAUCGCAGUACAAGCACCAUUCUGAAAAAACAAAAAAAAAAAAAGCAAAAAACCAAACAAACCAAUAAAAGAAAAAAAUUAAGAGUAUUCAGGUAUUGAGUAUUCUUCCAAAGAAGCAUUUAGUAAGCAGCUCAAUACACACAGCCCAUUGUGCACUUAAAGAACAAUUCUAUGAAUGUCUUUGCGACACUGCUCGCCAGCACCCGCUCCACAGCGCCUGGAGCCGGCUGUCGCCCCAGAUUUGCUCUUCCGUCAUCCGGAGCUCGCUGUCCCCCUGCUGCAAACGCUUUGGAAGCAGAGGGCGACAACCACUGCCCAGCCCUGAGGAGUCCCAGUGUGGGGUGCAUCCUGCAUCCCUCCUGGAGACGGAGUGGGCAGAGCUGGGGAGGAUUUUGCUGACCCAUAUUAAAGGCAAGACUCUGGUAUUGAUUCAAGCCCAAUCCUGCAGAUAUUUAGGGCUUAAUCCAUGAUCUGGAGAACUCACUAGAAAGCUUCCCAGUGAUUCCAGUGGCCACAGGAUCCGGCUUUGAAGCCCAUGAGCCACUUGGCUUGUGUUGCUUCCCUAUAGAUCCCAGUAGGGCAGCUGGCGCGGGCGGGUUUGCUCACGUCCUUAAGUGUUUGCAGGAUCAGCCUCCAUGAGUUCACUUAUUUUAGAACCCAUUCCAAGUGCAAAAAAAUAUACAAAAGAAAGGGAAAAAUAAUAAUAAUUUGAGGUGUUAAAAACACAAUGUUCUCAACGUGUAAAUAGAGUCCAAAUUGAUUGUGACUGCAAUUCAGUUAGUAUUUAAAAGUAGAGAAAUUGCACUUCCUGGAAGAAAGAGAGGGAAAAAAAAAAGUAGUUAGUUUAAUUAUCCUGUAAAUUAUUUAAUUUUGGCAAGAUGUAUGUAAUUUAUAUUUACAACACCUUUAUGUUAACUUUUUGCUAUUUAUUUAACUUUUUUAUUUAUUAAUUUUAUACUUAUUUUCAACUGGACACCGCACCAUAGAAAAGGAGAUAAAAGAAGCAAAAAAAAAGCAAAAAAGUUAAACUUUUGACCAUAAAAUAUGAUAUUCCAAAAAAAAGAGAAAAAAAAAGAAGAAAAAAACCCUAUCUACAACUCCUCCUCGUAAUUUUGAUGCAACCAAGUUAUUUUUUAUAUAUUUUGUUAUUUAUUCUUUUAACGAUGGGAAUUUUUUUAAAGAUAUUUUAUAAACUGAAGCAUUUUUGAUAAUUUUUUGGUUUGUUUUUUUGCGGGCGGGAAAGGGGGGUGGGGCAGGCAGGGGCACCAAGGGGAAAGAGAGACUCUUUCAGUUGUGUUCUUUUUCAUUCCUCUUAUUUCAGGCACUGAGAACAGGAAAUGAAAAUUCUGUAUUUAUUAUUUAUUUAAUAUUUAAGUCGGGAAAAAAAAAACAAACGAACUGUGCUCUUGUUGUAUAUUUAUUUUGUCGUUUGUGUGUCAGUUAUGUGAUGACUGAGUACUUGUUUAUGUGAAGGAAUACUGUUAAUAUUUAAAUAAUAAAGAGUCACAUUGAAAGUUAUAGCGGGCUACCUGUUAUUCUGUGAAAAUGAAUACUGUGAUCUACUUUCCUCAGGAAAUGUACUUUGCAGACAGAACUUCCUUAUGUACUGGCAGGGUUUCUUUCGUA